UUAUAAAUUAUAUAUUUAUUUUGUUACAUCAUGUAUAAUAGUAGUUUAAUACUAGGCUACUAGCAAACUAGGAGUCAAUUUUUUUUUUGAUUUAAUGACCGAUCUAAUUCAAAAAACAUUGGAUUUUUCUAUAACAAUAAUUAGAAUUAUGGCAACCAAGGUUAUACUUGAAUUUAUUUAUUUAUUUUUAAAUAAAGUUAGUAUCUAAUUCUUUUAUUUUAGAAAUGAAAAAUAGCAUGUAAAAUUAUCACAAUAAGGUUGUCUUUUUGCUUCACUUGUCCAUCCAAAAAAUCCAACUGUCCUACAUAUUUUAGUGAAUUCAUGUCAUGAUCCCACAUUUAAUUUAAAGAAAAAGGAAAGAAUGUACAUUGAAAUUACCGAUGACAUUUUGAUGUUGUGGAGAUUGGCAGUGACAAAAGGUCAUCGAUCAUUCCUAUCAAUCUUAGGCAUAAUUAAAACGCAUCAGUGAAGCUGAGGGCAAGUGAUUUUAUAUGCGCUUCUCUCGAUUUUCUGAAUGCAUCAUAUUAUUCAUUGAUUACUGGUUUGUUGAUCAAUCGUAGACUAAAGCUGAUGACAGGUUCAGAUGGACCAAGUCGCUUUUGUUCUCUUCUUUUGCAGCAUAUGCUAGAAUCUGCAGAAGGUGGAGUCCUUGUUUGAUGUUAAUUCAUGAGGCAGAAAGGCCACAUAAGUACUUGUUCUUAUACUCCUCACGAUUUCCCUCAGAAGGUUAAUAUUUGGAUUGUUUCCAUUGCAGGGAAAUCUGAGAAAGGGGCCAGCUCCAGUGAUGUGCCUCAUCUUGAUAAUGAAGAUGGCAUGCAGAUCAGGGAGGCACUGCAGCUGCAACUUGAUCUUCAGAGGCGUCUCCAUGAGCAGUACUCAGAGGUUUACGGCUACUUGUGCAAGAGUUCUCCACUUGCACAGCAGGCCCAGUGUGCUACAUCUUCUUCUGAGGGUGUUUCUAUUGCUUCUGCCGAUCCUGUAUCCCCAGUUCUUCACAGUAAACCCCGAAUCAGGUGGACUCCAGAUCUUCAUGAGCACUUUGUUGAGUGUGUAAAUCGCCUGGGUGGAGCUGAGAAAGCAACCCCAAAAGCCAUACUCAAGCUGAUGGAUUCAGAAGGACUGACCAUCUUUCAUGUGAAACGCCAUUUGCAGAAAUAUCGGAUUGCAAAGCACAAGCCAGGAUUUGCAGGAGGGAAAUCUGAGAACAUGGAAGGCAGUUCAUCCGUUUGAUGUUUGACUUGGACAAGAAGUUAAAGACUCUCCAAAAAGUAGAAAAUUUCAGUGCUUUGAAGAAUCUGAAGCGCCUCAUUUGACAUACAGUCUUCCUUGAAUAUCUGAGGAGCCAUGGUUGGAGUUCAUCAGGCGAGGGGAAAAGGACAUCCAUUGAGAUACGUGAUAUUAAUCCUUCAUUGAUUAUGUGGACAUUUUAGUUCUUUACAUGGGCAUCCAUUGAGAUAUAUGAAAGUUAUAUUUUAGUUCCUCUA